AUGUCGCUUUCGCUACUUGCGAUUGUUGGAGGCUUGGCUGCCACAGCUGCUGCGGAGACAAUCCACGGCGCCGUCGUCUUCAGCCGUCAUGGUGAUCGUACGACAAAGUGGUAUGGGGCGCAGUCUUUGACAAGCCUCGGUGCAGAGCAGAACUACCAAGUCGGUAGCGAGUAUCGCAGCCGUUACUUGGAGGCUGACUCGCCCAACCAAAUCCUUGGCAUCUCCGAGGACAAAUAUGUCUCUUCGCAACUCUUCGCCAGUGCUCCAGACCAAGGCAUCUUGAUGAAUACCGCCACGGCAUUCCUUCAAGGCUUUUACCCGCCGCUGGGUGAGAUUGCGCCGGAGAUUGCUAGCCAAACCCUCAACAAUGGGACAAACAGCACCAGCCCGAUCGACGGAUACCAGUAUGUUGUCCUUCAUGGAAUCAACGACAACUCUCCCGACACCAUUUGGAUCAAGGGCGACGACAGCUGCCCUGCCUACAGAAAUUCAUCCAAGGCCUUCAUGAAGAGCGAGAUUUUCCAGGAGCGAGUUGAUGCCACUAGCGAUUUCUACGCCGGCUUCUAUGACGUUCUCUCUGACGGCGUCUAUAAUCUGAAACCCGAGAACAUGACAUACGCCAAUGCGUACAACAUCUUUGAUCUCGUGAACGUCGCCCGCAUCCACAAUGCGACCUCUCCCGCCCGCAACGUCUCGGACGAGGACUUGUUUCAGCUCCGCACCCUGUCGGAUUCCGCCGAGCUCGGACUUAACUGGAAUGUCUCGGAGCCCGCCCGCGCCAUCGGCGCUGAAACGCUGUUUGGUGUUGUGCUCACCCAGCUCAACCAGACGGUUGCGACUGAGGGCAAAUUAAAGUUCUCCCUCUUCGCUGGGAGUUACGACACGUUCAUGGCAUUUUUCGGCGUUGCGGAGCUGCUGGAUGUGUCACCCGACUUCCACGGUCUUCCCGACUAUGCCUCCACCAUGGCAUUUGAGCUCUUCAGCGACGACACUGAUGAGUUCCCGUCUGACCCCGAGGCCGACCUUCGUGUGCGCUGGCUAUUCAAGAACGGCACUACCGGAGAGUUGAACACUUAUCCUCUCUUCAGCACAAAUGAGGAUUCACUCCCGUGGUCGCGUUUCGUUACUGAGGUUGAGGAGCGGGCCAUCCUCGACAUCGGCGAUUGGUGUGAGCAAUGCUCGGCUACUGAAGAUUUCUGCGCUGCGUAUCAAGAUGAUGAGAGUGCAGAGACCGAGGAAGAUGAUGACAAUGAUAAGGAAAGCGGCAAGAACGGCGGCAUGUCAAACGCCGUUGCAGGUGUCAUCGGUGCUUUUGUGACACUGGGAGUUGUUGGCAUCGUCGGCGCAGCGGUGUUUUUGAUGAAGAGACGUAAUAAGGCUGAGACCCAUGGUGAGAAGAGCAGCGUAAGAAGUGGAAGCACGGACGCAAAUGCCGCCCCUGAUAACGUCUAA